AUGGGUUCAGGCUCAUCGAAGGCUGAACCUCCAAUAAUCGUUACUUCGAAGAUACCAUUGUUCUGUCUGAAGAAACUGGGUCCUCGACAUGUGCUGGUUGCAGGCGGAGGUGGUGAAUCGAAAACCGGUGUUUCGAAUUUAAUACAGACCUAUCUCUUGACGUUUGGAAACAAAAAAGUUCCAAAAGCACCAACACCAUUGAAGGCAAUACUUGUUGACACGAUAGAUACAGACAUAUAUGCAACAAUGAAUAUGGACGUGGUGUGCCGUUCGAAUCCCGAACUUGGAAGAUAUCUCAUAGCAGCAGGUCAUGGUCAGGUAGGCCGAUUUCCUCGUUUUCUUUUUAUUUUCAUUUUGACUACUUCCUUUUACUCAGUGUUCUGGUAA